CACACCGCUCACAUACUGACACUAACAUUCGGGGGCUGGGAGCCAUACGAGGCUCUGGGCAGGCCCUGUGGGGCUGGGAGCAGCUGGGGGCUGAGGAGGGGCCCAGUGGGCCUGGCGUGGGGCGGGCUGGGGGCUCCGAGGAAGCUGCGGUUCCGUUCGGGUGGGUCCCCCGGAGCCGGGGGUCGCUCUCCCCUGCGGUCGGGAGCGGCAGUGACACCCAGCCCAGCCCGGGCGCUGCCCUGGACACGAACUUUCACUUUCGCUUCUGCCCGAGUCACCAGCAGCUCCACGUUUGCACCCUGGGGAAGCGACACCCUCCCCCCGGACUCAGGUGCCCCUCACCAUGGCCUCGGAUGCCCCGUCCCUCUCAGACGCCAUCACCACCGACUUCCUGACCUGCCCCAUCUGCCUGGAGCGGCUGCGCCGACCGAAGAUCCUGCCCUGUCUGCACACUUAUUGCCAGGGCUGCCUGGAGGGGCUGCUGGGUGAGGGGCCAGGGCUGCGGUGUCCUGAGUGCCGAGAGGAUGUGCCCUUGCCGCAGGGGGUGGACAGCCUCAAGAGCAACUUCUUUGUCACCGGGCUACUGGAGCUGGUGCGCCCAGAGGGUGAGACGGGCCUGGCCUGUGCCCUGUGCCCGCUGCUGGGGCCGCAGGGCAGCCACCCAGCCGGCAGCCACCCAGCCGUCUCUCGCUGCCUGGAUUGUGCUGACAACCUGUGCCAGGCCUGUGCCGCCGGGCACCGCUGCUCCCGGCUCACCCACACCCACCACUUGGUCAGCCUCCAGGGCUUCCUGUCCGGGCAGCAUGAUGAGGAGAUCCGGCCGCGCCGGGCUGCGCGAUGGCAGGAACACCCGGGGGGACUUCCUGGGCACUAUCCCGGUGCACAGCUGGCCCCCUGCCGGCCACCCCCCACCGCCCACUUCUCCUGCAGCUUCUCGGUGCGGGUCCUGGGAGACAAGAAUAGGCCCCGGAUCACAGGGAUUUGCCCCCUGGGCCUCAGCGAGCUGCUCCUGGCCGAUGAGGAGAACCGCAGCCUCAAGCGCUUCUCUCUGCAGGGGGACUUCCUGGGCACUAUCCCGGUGCACGGCGGAGUGGCCCCUUGCAGCGUGGCGGCCAUAGGGGCCAAGGUGGCCUACACCGCUGGCUCCCCGGGCGAAGCCGUGGCUGUGAGUGUGGCUGGGCACCUGGAGGUCUACAAUGCCCGGGGGGAGCUGUUGGAAAAGAUCUUCCCGGAUGGACACAACCGUUUGGCUAUGGUGUUCGUGGCCAGUCGGCACGGCCGCUACGUGGCCUCUGACUGGCACCGGCGCAGCGUGGUGGCAUUCGACGGGCAUGGGCAGCUGUGGGCAGAGCUGGGUGAGGAGCAGCUGAAACAGUGCCAGCCGGGGGCUGUCUGCGCUGAUGACAAGGAUUAUUUCUACGUAGCCCUGCGGGAGCUGAACAAGGUGGUGGCUUUUGGGCCGGGCGGGGAGGCGUUGGGGCCGUUCCUCAGUGCCCGGCAUGGCAUUGAGAGAGCCCGGGUGGCUACCAUCACCGGGGACGGGCGCUUCGCCGUGGCCCUGAGUAAUGGCACCGUCCAUGUUUUCCGCAUCCAGUACCCGGGACAGGGAGCGCCGGGGGAGGGCACAGGGAGAGGGAGAUGAGAAGAGUGCAUGUGUGUGCACAUAGGUGUGCAGACAAUGAGUGUGUGCACACUAGUGUAUGUGUUCGUGUGUGCAUUAGAGCGUGUGCAUUCUGUGUGUGUGCAUUAGUAUGCGUCACUGGCUGUGUUAGUACAUGCAUUAGUGCAUGCUUGUAUGCACAUCAGCAUCUGUUUGUUAGGGUGUGUCUACACUGCAGGGGUUUUUUUUUUUUUUGGAAAAACAGUUGUUUUUCCGAAAAAAAUUU